CGGCAACCAUUGUUGAUCCUCAUCCAUUCUCUCUUACCAUUUUCGUUCUUGCAAAAGUAAGAAAUCAAUGCCAUGGAACGUUCCAACAGCUAUUAAUCUCUCUCUGUAAUGAUUGUGGAUUGGAUGGAUGAGCAUCCGAUUUGUGAUAUUUCUUUCUGUACUUCGCCAUUAUUGCAGGCGUUGAAGAACAUAGCGUAAUAGGAAGGAUUUUAGUUCAGAUAUGAUGCAGACUCCUAAAGUAAGAGCCAAUUCUUCGGAUUCGAACCAAAGGAGAUCUCCUCGAGCCUUAUCAUCCUCGGAGGCUUGUCCUAAUCCUUCCGUGUCCCGAAACGAUUCUCCCUCCGUUGUCCGAAAGCUCAAGACGAGUCCCCGGUACUUAGAGCCGACGGCCUCGUCCGCUAAUCAAGCCAGACGAGCAUCGAGCGAGAUUCGACAAGUUUCGGACCAAAUUGCCGAGCUCGAAUCCGAACUCUGUGUCGUGAAGGAUCGAUUACGUACGUCGGUAUUGUGUAAGAAUCGGGCAUUGCAAGAUGCCGAGGAGUCCAACCGACAGCUGCCGGCGCUGUCUGUGAAACUAUUGGAAAUCGAGCAGCGGAUCGCCGAGAAAUCUUGCAUUCUAGUACAGGAUCGGACGUUGCGGUCUGAACCCGAGGUUGUCCGAAGCCGGAAUUCGCGUGACGCGGCGUUGGAUGAGAUCGAACGGCUUGAAAUUCAUCUCGGAAUUGCUGGCGAUACGGAGCUCCGGAAGCUGAAAGCGACGGUGGAAGAAAUGAAGCACGUGCUGACGGAUCGGAAAGAAUCCGAAGAUCGAGCGAAAGAACUCAUCGGAAAAACGCUAAUGCAGCUCGAAAUGGCGAGGAAAACAGUGUCGACGCUGAGAACGGAGGGGAAUAAAGCGACGGAAGCUUACGGCGCGGUUUUGUUCGAGCUCGAAAAAUCGAGGGAUCGCGUGAAUUUUCUCGAAGGGCUCGUCGGAGACCUCAAGGCGGAGAUCGAAUGCAAAGAUGCCCUGGAAUCCGUCGAAACAGAAGUCGACUCGCUAAGACGCGAGGUCGAAGAAUUACGAUCGGUUUUAGAAGCUUCCAAGAGGAAGUUCGACGAAGAACGGUCUAGGCAUGCAGAGGAGAUGAGAAAUGCCGUCGAAAUUGCGGAACGGAUACGAUCAGCGUCAGGGCAGCGGGAGGCCGAGCUGGAGGCGGAGCUACGGAAGUCGAAAUACGAAAUCGAGGAGCUGAAGACAAAGCUGAUAGAGAAGGAGACGGAGCUCGAUGGCAUUUGCGAUGAGAACGACGAUCUUGUUCAACGGUUAGAGAAUGCGACGUCGGGGUGUCAGGAGCACGAACUAGAGAAAUUGAAAUUGGAAAUAGACUCGAAAAAAUCGAUUCUUUUGGCCAAGGAAACCGAGCUAUCGAAAUCAUGCGACGAGAACCGAUACUUGAAGCUACGGAUAAAGGAAAUUGGUGAAACGAGCGCCUCCGAUUUGGCGGCGGCGAAGGCGGCGGAGCGGGAGGCGGUAAUGAAGGUGGGGUACUUAACGGAGGAAGUCGAAAAGUGCGAUCGGAAAUUGGCGCGGGUGACGGAACAGCUGGAGGCGGAGCAAGGUGCGUCGGCGGAGCUGGAAGGGGAGCUGAGGAGGCUGAAAGUGCAGUCGGAUCAGUGGCGGAAGGCGGCGGAGGCAGCGACGGCGAUGCUGGCGGCGGGGAACAGCCGGAAUUUGAUCGAGAGGACGGGUUCGAUGGACAGCAGCUACUGCCGGCGGACGAUGAGGAUAAAUGCGGCGGCGCCGUACGUGGUCGUCGACGAUAUCGACGAGGAGAUGCUGAAGAAGAAGAAUGGGAGGGUUCUGGGGAGGUUUGGGGUGCUGUGGAAGAAGCCACAGAAGUAUCUGUAAGUAUUUUUUGAAAGUUAAGUUCCGUCGAAAUUUUUAUGCUGUUAGAGAAGAAUUUAACUAAUAGUUGUCUUGAUGGAGAUUUGCAUUUGGAGUGUCUGUGUGCGGUAUGCUGUACGGAUCUUUAGCUGUUGCUAUAUUACAUUAUUGAAAAAUAUGAUAGACUCUUUACUUGUAAGA